GGCUUAUCACAGACGCCAUGAUAAAGGUAUUAAACCGUGGAGUCGGGGGUUACAGCGCCAGAAAGCGUAAGCAGGACAACUGCUAUCGCCCAAUAUGUCGACGAAAGGCUUGGAUCAUUGGGGGGAUAUUCUGGUCGUCGCCGUUUACUUCUGUUUAAUCCUUGGAAUCGGAAUCUGGACCUUGUGCAGACCAAACCGAGGGAAUGUAAACAACUAUUUCUUGGCAGGCCGCUCCAUGCCGUGGUUUGCCGUUGGGGCGUCCGUAUUCUCCAGUAACAUUGGCAGUGAACACUUCGUGGGUCUGGCCGGGGCUGGGGCUUCAUCCGGAAUAGUGUUGGUACUCUACGAAUGGUUUGUCAUUUUCGAGAUUUUGGCAUGUUCCUGGGUGUUCCUUCCGGUGUAUAUUUCAGCUGGGGUUUUCACGUUACCGGAGUACCUCCAUCGGAGACAUGGGCGGGGUCGGAUCAGAGUCUACCUCAGCUGUUUGGCUCUCGUGCUCUACAUUCUCUCCAAACUUGUGGUGAGCAUCUUUUCCGGAUCUUUGUUCAUACAGAUGGCUUUGGGCUGGGACAUGUAUGCCUCCAUCAUCGCUCUUCUCGUCAUUACCUGCAUCUUCACAGUGUUAGGUGGAUUAACGGCUGUGAUGUACACUGACACGUUCCAGACUUCCGUUAUGAUGAUCGGAGCAGUCAUUGUCACUGCGUAUAGUUUUCACGAGGUUGGUGGGUAUUCAAACCUUCAGGCUAUGUAUAUGAAUGCCGUUCCUUCUGUUCGUAAUGAAAACACCUCGUGCGGUUUACCAAAGGCAGACGCUUUCCAUCUGUUUCUGGACCCCGUGGACAGCGACUAUCCCUGGCCCGCCAUCGUGAUCAUGUCAACUAUCGGUGCUUUCUGGUAUUGGUCUUGCGACCAGAUGAUAGUACAGAGGUCCCUUGCUGCCAAAAACCUUUCCCACGCCAAGGGGGGCUCCAUUCUGACGGGAUAUUUAAAGCUCCUCCCGCUGUUCUUACUGAUAUUCCCAGGGAUGAUCAGCCGAGUCCUGUAUCCGGAUGAAGUAGCGUGCACAGAGCCAUCUAUCUGUCAGAAAGUGUGUGAUAAUCCUGUGGGAUGCUCUAACAUUGCCUAUCCUAAACUGGUGCUCGAACUAUUACCUUACGGAUUACGGGGACUAUUGAUGGUGGUGAUGUUUUCCGCCGUUAUGAGUUCUCUGACCUCCAUAUUCAAUAGUUCCAGCACAAUUUUCACCAUGGACAUCUGGAGAAGGAUUAGAAAAGAGGCCUCUCAGAGGGAGCUUCUCGUUGUGGGAAGACUGUUUGUGGUGUUCAUGUGUGGUGUGAGUAUUCUCUGGGUCCCUAUCAUUAAAUCUUCCUCUGGAGGGAAGCUCUUCACAUACAUGACGGCGGUGGAGGGUUACAUCGCUGCGCCCCUAGGAGUUAUUUUUCUAUUCUCCAUUUUCUGGACCAAGACAACGGAACCCGCAGCAUUUUUUGGACUCAUCAUUGCAAACAUCAUAGGAGGUAUACGUCUCGUGCUAGAAUUCGUCUAUCCAACGCCAUCUUGCGGAGAAUUGGAUCAAAGACCGGCAAUUCUGGCCAAGAUGAAUUACCUGUAUUUCGGCGUGAUGCUUCUCUUCAUAACAGCCAGCAUCAUUGUAGCAGUUAGCAUGUUUACUUCUCCGCGAAGCCUGGACGAGCUUAAAGGAGUCACAUGGUGGACCCGAUAUGGGCGGGAAAAACCAGGGGAGGUAAACGAGGAUGUUCAGUCUGAGCCACAAUUCGAGGCAAAUGAAAGGAAUUCCAGUCAAGAUACGAAUGUCGACGGAGCAGAGGACAGGACUAUUUGCCAGAAGGUCCUGACCGUCCUCUUCGGACACACCGACGUCCAUCAAAUUGAAGAAUUUCUUGUGGAGAAGCGCCGACAAUUUCUUCACCAGGGCCAGAAAUCCAAAGCUCUUCUCAACGUUAAUGCUGUUCUGUUGUUAGUAAUCAUCGCAUUCCUUACCGGAUUUUUCCAUUAGAAAAAGAAGCGGUUUUACUUUAAAGGCAUGAACACUACUCAAUGUCUAUCUUGAACAUUUUAUUAACACUAGUUCUAAUGCAUAUUUAUCACGGACACUAUACUAAUCUUAGUACAAAGCUGAUGCGAGUUGUACAGUAGUAUCAGCCUUGUCAGGGCCGUAACUGCCGAUGAGGCAGACGAGGCAACUGCCUCGUCUGAUUUUUUGGCAAAAAAGAAAAUAAAAUUAUAUAAAUGUUAUAUUAUAGGAUAUAUGUUUAAAAUGAAGACAAGCACCUUUGUCUUUGACACCAUAUUACGAUUCUUUACAUAGUACAAAUGAAACACAAACAUGAUAAAUUGGGAUUUAAAAAGUGUCAUUUUCAGUCGUAAAGUCAAUCGGCGGCCCCCAAUCCCCUGCCUCCCCUGAUUUAGAACCCUACUUACGGCCCUGCUUGUGCAAAGUUGUCUACAACACAAUACUCUGGCAUUAAUGAAAAAAAUAUACUGUUUUACCCAGUUCUUCCUUGUCUCAUUCACGUAAAUUGUAUCACUGUACUCCAUGAGUAUUUCCUCGUGUGUUGCUGACUUAUGUAUUCAUACGAUGUGAUCAUACUAUUCAUAUACUGUAAUUCAGCUGCAGUUCGUGUGCGAAAUAGCCCCGGAAAUUGCGUAUACUCCGCUGUCGCGAAUAAGCGGCGCGAAGCAGUUAUUCUAUAAAUAAAUUCAUAAGGUGGGAAACAAUUUGCAAAAAGUGUGACAUGCACCAAGUAAUAUAUACUAAUAACAUGCUUUACUAUAACAUUCAUUCCUAUGAUAGGAUUUAUCGCUUGAAAAAUACAGUUUGUAAUUACGUUUUUAGGAUUAAUUUUAAGCAAGAACGUUAAACGUUAUUAUAGUCAUAAUGAUUAUGUUAUUGAAAAAAAAUAAGUAUACUUCUCAGCCAAUCAUAUUGCACGUUACAUAUGAAAUUGUUCGCAAAUAAAGCGUUUUCCAUUUCCAAGAAAAGUAGGUUUACAAUAUUUAGUAUCUAU